AUGGCUGGUGUUGGUCCAGAGACAGGGCAGCCCCCUCAGGCUGCUGGGGACCAUGGCGGCGAGAGCCCAGGAGCGGCUCCUUCAGCCGCUGCGCUGCCGGCAGAAGGGCCGGUGACGCCAGAGGCUGUUCUCGCAAAGUUAGCAGAAGCAGUCGCGCAACUGGCUUCAGCAACAAGUGGACCUUCGGCAAGCGGAGGUCAGUGGAAGGAGAGCAAAUGGAUCAAGAGCCCAGAAGUGUUUCAUGCUAGGAACCUGGAUGAGGAAGUUGCUUUGUGGCCAGACUGGUCUUUUGGCUUUAAGAACUUCAUGGCAGUUCAAGAUGAUGAGUACAGAGGUGACUUUGAAAAGGCUGAGAAAGCCACAGCAUGGGUCUCCUUCGAGCACUACAGUCCGGCUUUGAGGGCACGUUCUUUGAGAUUGUACUCGGUGCUUGCUUCGUAUUUAAAGGGCCGUGCUUUGAAAAUCCUUCGGGCAACAACUAAUGGUGAUGGGUUUAGGGUGUGGAGGCAGCUCACGGAAGAGUUGCAGCCUACCACGCGUCCCAGAACUUUGGCGCUAGCCCAGGCCCUCACAAAGUUUCCUCCUCUACGAGAUGGUGGCUCAGUGCUGGAGUACACCUUAACGUUCGAGAAAUUGAUCUCGGAGUAUGAGCGGGCUUCCUCCCAAGUCUAUCCCGACGACCUCAAAAUAAGUACUCUUCUUAGUGGCUUGCCCCAGGAUGUGAAGCGUUUCUUACAGCUACAGAUAGAUGACACAACCACUUACCAGAAACUCCGGGGGAUCCUCUUGCAGUUUGAGCGCACAUCGGCUACCUGGAGCAACGAAUACAUAAUGAAAGCCAUAGGCCUUGAGAAGAACUCCUACCCAGGAGAUGGAAACAACCCCGUGCCGAUGGACGUGGACCGCGUCGAGGGCAAGGGCAAAGGGAAGGAGUUCAAGGGAAAAGGCAAGGGUCAGCAGGACAAAGGCAAAGGCAAAGGCAAGUGGUUCCAGGACGGCGGCAAGAAGGGCAAGAAUGGCAAGGGGUAUUCCUUCGGUGGCUUCGGUGGCUUCGGAAAAGGUCAGCAGGACAAAGGCAAAGGCAAGGGCAAGUGGUUUCAAGACGGCGGCAAGAAGGGCAAGAAGGGUGGUUUUGUGAAGGGUCAACGUGUGAAUCAAGUAGAAGAUGACUCUGCGUCUGUGGGCACUAGGGUGAAUCGCCUCGAGUUGAACAGCAUGCCGCUGAUCGAGGAGCUCCCGGAUGACCUCGACGACACCUUCGGGGCUUGCCUUGGCACUAGAUCUGUUUCGGAGUUCGGAUUUUACGAGGGCACCGAAGCUUGGGAUGAAGAAGCUUGGGGUGAAGAAGAGGAUUGGUGGGACUAUGCUGAAGUUCCUGCCGACGCUUAUGAGUAUAUUCGUGCAGUUCGUGUGAGUGAUGCGUGGUGCAGUGGAGAGAAGAGCGAGCUGAAUGGAGAGUUUGUGUGCGAGCCCGUAGUUGACUUCAGCGAGUGCGAGCUUCCUUCUUCAAGCACUUUGUGUUUUGAGCUUGAUCGUGAUGACAGUGGGGAUGAGUUUGUCCGAGCUGAGCGUGAAGUGCGUGCAGUGACAACUGGAACAAACCUAGUUGAGCCCUGCGAAGUGAUCCUGGACUCAGGUGCCGACAUCACUGUGCUUCCCGCGCACCUCUUCGGGUCCGUGGGAAUCCCCGAGGAACAGACCGCACAGCUGUUGGACGCUCAAGGCACGCCGAUCCCGCAGUUCGCACAGCGUGCCAAUGUGUCGUUCAUUGUAGAGAGUCGAGAUGGGCAAGAGUUUAUUUUUAGAGACCGUGCAGUCUUGGCAAGAGUGAAGCAGCCUCUCUUAUGUGCCGGGAAGUUGUUUCGUGGUGGCUGGUAUCCAAGACCGAGUUCAGAUGAAGAUGGGUCGUUGGUGAUGUGCAAGGGUGAUCAGGAGUUCCCGAUCUACUUUUCACGAAACUCUAUUGCCUGCAGCAUGCGCAUCAUGAGAACUGAGGAGGUUUGCAUUAGGGCUGUGAUCGAAGUCAGCAACAACCUCGCUGAGUUGAAGCGGGCAGGCUGGCAAGUCACGGAAGGGUCCACCCCAACACACGUGCAGAUGAGCUCGAACAUGACAGUGGACCCCAGUUCUCUUUAUGAUCCUGCAGUCCUCCCACAUCGUACUACGUUGGUGCACAAAGGGGGCAAUCGUUUUGAGAUCUUUGAGUGCGGUGAGUUUUGGGAGCUGAAGCCUCCAAUGGACAUAGGAUGCGAGCCCACUAAGAUCGUGACGUUGUUGACCCGUGGCCCAUUGGAACCUGCAGAUCUAGGAAAGCCCGUGGAAGAGAGAGUUGGCGUUGUUCCCAGGUUCCAAGAUGCGCCGGGGCGUGAAGUCCCGCAACCUGAAGCUGUGGUGGAUGGUACUCCUGGUGAUCCACAGCAAGGCGCGCGAGUUGGGCCGGAGAUGCAAGAGAUUCCGCUUGAAGGUGAAGUUGUGAAGCUUGGGGAUAAGGAGGUCAGAGAGACUUCGAGUUUGCGUGAUUUGCGUUGGGCGUGCAAGUACCUGCGCAUUCCUCAUACUGGUGCAAAACAUGUUUUGUGGACACGCUUGCAGAAAGAGGUUGCCUUGAACAAGUUGAAGGUCGCAGUGCAGGCGAGUGAUGCAGUCAUAGCAGAGUACACUCCCGAUGUGAAUCACGGUCCUCUUCCUCAGCGGCCGGACGCGCAAACGGUCAUGCUUCAUGAACUUACGCAUCUGCCUAGAGCUGACUGGUGUGAGAGUUGUCAAGCUGCGCUUUCACGUGAAGAUCCGCACAGAGAAGUGCAGCCGAAGAGAGAGGUGCCGGUCAUUUCAGUAGAUUGGAUGUUUAACAGAACUGGUGAUGCCGAAGAUGAAGAGCACCCCUUGACUACCCAACUUGUUGCAGUCUGCCACUCUACGAAGUACGUGGUCUGUGUCCCUGUUCGUUCGAAAGCAGCCGAGGACAACAAACCUGCUGUGGAGGAGCUUGUCAAGAUGGCAUCGAUCCUUGGCUAUGCAAAGGUGACGUUCAGGGGAGACACAGAACCAUCAAUGCUGAAGUUGCUCCAAAUGGUGCAGAUGGCAAGGACUCGCUUAGGGUUGGAAACAGAGGUUGAAAGGGCACACCCAGAUUCUUCAGAGCAUCAAGGCGUGAGAGCUGAGCGGUACAUCGAUAAAGUUCGUCGUCUUGGUCUAUGUCUUUUACACACCGUUGCUGCCAAUUCGAAGUAUGUCAUCAAGUCAAGCCACCCAAUCUACCCGUGGGCCUUUAGGCAUGCCGCGUUUCUUCUCACGCGGUACCAUGUGCACAGUGAUGGCGUGAGUUCGUAUGAGCUUGUCCAUGGUCGGAAGUACGAUGCGAAGAUAGCAGCUUUUGGGUCGGUGGUUUUCAGCCAGAUGCUUCCCAAGCCCAAGACCAAAGGAAUCCCGUGGGAGAAGUGCAUAUACCUUGGCCGCUCAACAAUGGGUUCGUUGAGCAUUGUGUCCACAAGCAAAGGCAUAGGCUACGCACGAACAGUUCGAAGAGCAGCUGAAGCCUAUCAAGCAGAUGCUUUGGUAGCCAUGCGAGGCGUUCCUUGGGAUCCGGUCCUAGAUGUUGUGACCAUGCGUGUUCCGCGAGCCCCCCGACUUAGAGUUCCCGAGCUCGUGGAAGCAGCGCCGGAUGUACCUGCAGCAUCCGGCCCUGGGGCCGGAGACGAAGCUGGUACAGAUCCUCCCACUUCCAUUGCUGAGAGCCCUGGAGAAAGCAUCUUAGACGGUCUUAGUGGUUCGGGCUCAGAUGAGUUGAUUCCAGCAGCCAUGGAUGUGAGUAGAGUGGAAUGCUUUCCGGUGAGAGUUAUCAGAGACGAUCAGCCCCACGGGCAUGAGGAUGAUGAUGUCGUUUGUGAGCCCGAAGAAAGCUUGGAACCACAAGGUCAAGAUGACUUUGAAAGUGAAGAAGAAGCCCCUGAAAGCUCUGAGCCGGAGAAGGGUGAUGCAGGAAUGCCGUGGGAAGGCAGAACGUAUGCUCAAGGACCACCUGAGCUCGAAGCCCAGGUGCUACAGGAGCUCGACAAGCAGAUGGAGCUGAAGGAGCUCGACCGCCUCCUUGGCAUGAACGUACUGCGGCACAUGACUGGUGAGCAUGAGAGAGAUGACAAAGUACGUUUGCAGUGCAAGUACGUUCUAGAUUGGCGGUUUCGAGGUGGUUGGGUUCGGCGGGCUCGUUUGGUUGCCAAAGAGUACAGAUUCUUGGAGCCGUCGUUGACGGAUCUGUACAGCCCCGCUUCGGUGGCUUCAAGCCAUAAACUUUUGGCGUGCCUUGCUGCAGGGAACGACUCCCUGGAGCUGGUGUCAUUGGACAUCACCGAUGCUUACUUGCAAGUUCGACAGAGAAGGCCAACGUACAUUCAGACCCACCUUGGAGACCUCGAACUGUGCUACAACUUACCAGGCCAGCGAGCAGGAGCAAAAGAUUGGUUUACCCACCUGCUUGGCAUUCUUAAGAAGCGUGACCUCAAGAGCUUUGAUGGCAACCCCGCGUUGUUUGGUCAAGAGCAGAACCUAGCCCUCAACAGCCAUGUCGACGAUUUGCAGAUUUUGGGUUUGAAAGGGGUUCCCAUGAAGCUAGCCGAUGCCCUCAAGGAGGAAGGUUUGAAGGUGAAGGUAGAUGGACCAGUUGGUUUGGAUGGUGGUUAUUCGCACUUCUUGAAGAAGAAGUUUCAAGGGCUCGGUGGUGCAAUCGAGGUGACCCAGGACACAAAGUAUGCUGAGAGGUUGCAGUCAAUCCUUGAGUUGGAAAAGGCCCAUGGCAAGCAAAACCCGUGUCCUACAAAAGUUCCCCCUCCAGGCGAUGGCGAAACCUUAGAUGCAGAGCACCUUCACCUAUACAAGCGUUGCGUGGGCAUCCUCAUGUACAUGAGUGCGGAGAGACCAGACUUGCAGUACAUUGUGAAGGUUUUGUCUUCAAGGAGUAGUUCACCUACUGUUUCAGACUAUGGGCUAUUGCGUCACGUUGUGAAAUACCUCAAGCUCCACCCAGUGAUCCCCAUCGUGUUAGAGAAGACAGUGCCGGGGAGAACGUUGGCACAGAAGUGGAAAGGAGUAGAGCCCGAUGAUUCUGUUAGCCCUAGCAUGCCGUUUGGAGCAAAACACAUUGUGGAGGUAGUGACAGAUGCCGAUUGGGGCAGCCAAGCCUUUUCCGAAAGGAGAUCAAUAUCCUCGUAUUGCAUCUUCGUUAACGGCAACCUGUGCCACGCAGGCAACAGGGUGCAGAAGGUGAUCAGCUUGAGCUCAGCGGAGAGCGAGCUGAUGGCAACGCUGCUCGGACUCUCGGAAGGCAUCUUCAUUAAGGGCAUGCUGGAGUUCUUGGUGGGGCCUCAAGCCGAAGUGAAACUUGUGCACAUGGUGGACAACUCUGCCACUCGGAGCAUCCUUCAGCGGCAAGGUCUAGGACGGACGCGUCAUGUAAGUCUAGGCUACUUGUGGGCCCAGAAAGCGUUGAAUGAAGGUGUGUUUGAGACAAAAGCCAUAGCAACAAAAGAUUGUCCAGCAGACUUGCAGACAAAGCCACACUCCCGUUCGAGAUUGACAUACCUCCUGAGCCUCAUGGGUGCUGGUGGUAGGGUGGCCAUGGAAAGCCGAGUGGCCUCGACUACCAUCAAUGCAGGUGCUGGUCAGAUCCUUAGGGCUUUGGCCGUUUUCCUCGAGGGGGGUGUCGUGACAGGGCAGCUUGUAGCCAUGGAAGGUGAUGCAGUCGAAGAUGGCAACGAGGGUGUUUUUACCAUGUGGUAUGUCAUGCAUAUGUUCACCCAGCUUAACGUGACCGUGAUGUUUCUGGUGAUCUUCGCGGUGAUGGUUGGAGUUCUGAUGUGUAUGGCGCCGCGCAGGCGAUGGAACCGUCAGGGUGAUGGCAAUGCUCAGCCAUCAAACCAGAACGAGCUCAGAGACAGGAUCCACACGUGGUUUGCACAUGAGCUUCGGGACGAGCUUAACCCCACAACUUCAGUUGAGAACCAAAGCGCAGUGCCACCUGAAGAAGAUGAUUAUGAGCGAUGGUUGGUGUGUAAUGAGCCGCAGCCGAACAGUGAUGAUGACGCAGGUGGAGCUGCCCAAGCAUAUUUGGAUUCAUUCGUUCCAGAUGAAGCUUUACUUCAACAGUUUGAAGACAGGAGUGAAGUUGCAGAAGAGCCUCGGGAUCAGAUGCCCGUCUCCCCAGAGAGAGAGUUCUACAUGAUUGGUGAGCCGCGUUCAGGGAAGGGGUAUCACACCCCACAAUGUGGACAAGUACGCAAAUGGCAGAGAUCCCUUCCUUCCAAUCUUCGUUUGGCCAAACUCUCGCUGCUUGAGAGUUACCGCAUGAAGCCGUGUAAGCAGUGCAAGCCCUAUCCGCUGGAUCAGUGA